UAAAUUUAACAAAAUCGUAAAGUGUUAAUUAUAAAAUUCAAAAUGUCUUUCUCAGCUAAAGAUAAUCUUAAAGAGGGAUCGACACAAUUGGCUCACAUUUGCGAAUUAGACGCUCAAAGUCAAGCUUCUCAUCGGCGUCUAGUAACAAUUAUUGCAACUAUAUCUCGAACCUCACGUAACCUGGAAACUAUUUACAAUAUGCUACUAAAAGGCGUUAAUGUAUUUCGUUUAAAUUUCUCUCAUGAAUCGCAUGAGCUCCAUACCAAAACAAUUGAAUUGGUAAACGACGCACUUGAGCGUAUUAAAAAGGAAACCGGUCAAACAGUUACGGUCGCAUUUGCUGUAGACACACGAGGCCCGCAAAUAAGAACUGGACUAUUAGAAGGUGGCAAUGAAAUAUUAAUGCGAAAUGGGGAUAAUAUACGGCUUUCAAUUAAUCGUGAUCUAUACGACAAAGGCAACAAAGAUGCUAUCUACGUUGACUAUCCAAACAUAAUCAAUCUUACAAAGCCGGGUGACCGCGUUUUUAUAGAUGAUGGUAAGCUUUUUUUAAUAAUCCUAGAGGUUGGAGUGGAUGGCCUUGUAUGCGAAGUGUUACAAGGAGGAUCUUUGGGCAAUAACUGUAACGUAAUAUUACCUGAGGUUGAAGUGGAUCUACCGGCCGUGUCAGAAAAAGAUAUGUAUGACAUACAGUUUAGCUUACAGGCUAACGUGGACUUUUUAUUUGCUUCUGCUGUUCGAAGCGCUAAAAAUAUAAAGGAGUUACGCUCCGUAUUGGGAGACAAGGGAAAACAUAUUAAGAUUAUAGCUAAAGUUGAUAGCAAAAUUGCUUUAAGUCGGGUGUCAGAAAUAAUGCGUUCAGCGGAUGGUUUGCUUUUGUCAAGAGCUGAUUUGGGAACCCAAAUUCCUGUGGAAAAACUUUUUAUUACCCAAAAGACAGUUUUAAGUCAGUGUAAUAAAGCUGGAAAGCCGGUUAUUGUUGCUUCUCACAUACUUGAAACUAUGCGAUACAAUCCAUUUCCAACUCGUGCAGAGUGCUUUGAUCUAGCAAAUGCAAUUAUUGAUGGCGCUGAUUGUAUUAUGUUGUCAUCCGAGGUCGCCAUAGGUCUUUAUCCUAAUGAAACAAUAGCAGUCUGUGAUGCACUGUGCCGUGAAGCUGAAAAGGUAGUAUGGUAUCGCGAUCUUUUUGCCGAUUUAAUUCAUGAAACACAUGGUGAACUAGAUGCAGCACAUUCCUUGGCAAUUGCAGCAGUAGAAACUGCAAAGCGUAUCAAUGCAACACUUAUUAUUGUGCUUACCACAUCAGGACGAUCAGCGGCUCUAAUAAGCAAAUUUCGCCCUCGGUGUCCAGUAUUAGCGGUAACACGUUGCGAAAGGGCCGCUAGAUGGGUAUACCUACACCGUGGCAUCUUGCCAGUGUUAUAUACCUCCGAGCCGAUUGAUGAUUAUGUCAGUGAUGUUGAUGCUCGCGUAAAGUUUGCAUUGACUAGUGCAAAAAAGAGUGGGUUGAUAAAUGAUGGAGAUCCCAUUGUAAUCGUCAGUGCCUGGAAGGACGGAGGUGGCUUUACCAAUAAUGUCCGUGUGGUGUAUUCAUUUUUUGAAGCGGACCGUGUAGAUUGUCUUUUUCGAGCUGACCGCAGAGUUUCUCGAAAGAACACUACUUUGCAAAUCCCCAAAAUACUUAAAGAACAAGAAAAAAAAGGAGUACAUAUUUAAAAUUAAU